UCCGGAGACUCACCUACCCUGCUCUCUGCUUCCCUCUGUCCCUGUCCCUCUCCGUGCUUACAGCUUCCAUGGCCCCCAAAAAGCCAGACCCCAAGAAGGACGACAAGGCAGCCUCCAAGGCAGCUCCCGCUCCCGCUCCGGCGCCUGCACCUGCGCCUGCGCCCGAGCCCCCCAAGGAACCUGAGUUUGAUGGCUCCAAAAUCAAGAUCGAGUUUACACCGGAGCAGAUUGAAGAGUUCAAGGAAGCCUUCACGCUGUUUGACCGCACGCCCAAGUGUGAGAUGAAGAUCACGUACGGGCAGUGCGGGGACGUCCUGCGGGCGCUGGGCCAGAACCCUACACAGGCCGAGGUGCUCCGUGUCCUAGGGAGACCAAAGCAGGAAGAGCUCAACACCAAGAUGAUGGACUUCGACACCUUCCUGCCCAUGCUCCAGCACAUCUCCAAGAACAAGGACACGGGCACCUACGAGGACUUUGUGGAGGGGCUGCGGGUCUUCGACAAGGAGGGCAAUGGCACGGUCAUGGGCGCCGAGCUUCGCCAUGUGCUGGCCACGCUAGGUGAGAGGCUGACAGAAGAUGAGGUGGAGAAACUGAUGGCGGGGCAGGAAGACUCCAAUGGCUGCAUCAACUAUGAAGCCUUUGUGAAGCACAUCAUGGCCAGCUGAACCUCUCGUCCCAGGGAGAGCCCAUGCUGGGGAUGGUUCAUCUCCCACUCAUGGUGCUGACGCCAGCCACCUGGAGUUGCGGGGAGGAGGGGAGCGCAUCGAGACCCCUACAGCAGCCCCCUCCACCGGCCCUGCAGACCUCUGGGUGCCUGUCAUCUCCCCCUAUGAGCUGUGCAUCUCUGUCCUCACCCCUUGGGCCUCACGAAUAAAUGGCAUCUUUCCUUC